AUGAGGAGCAAGUACAUUUCGGUGAUGGUUGUGGCGAUAUGUUUAGUGCUGGGAAUGUUCCAAAAUGUAGAUGGAAGGAACCUGAAGAAGGCAAAGGUUGCUGAAGACGUGAAAAAACCAGAAUGGUUCUUUGACAGUGUCCCUUCAGGAGGAGUCGCCGGCAUUGGCGGUGCCGGAGGUAUUGGAGGGUUAGGUGGUGGAGGUGGAGGCCUUGGAGGGUUAGGUGGUGGAGGUGGAGGUGGUGGAUACGGAGGAGGUAGCGGUUUAGGAGGUGGAUAUGGAGGAGGAGGUGGUAGUGGUUUAGGUGGUGGAGGAUAUGGAGGAGGAGGACUUGGCGGUUUAGGUGGUGGAUAUGGAGGAGGAGGCCUUGGAGGAGGAAUAACUAAAGGAAUUGGAGCUGGAAUUGGUGGUUAUGCUUACAAAGGAAUUGGAGGAGGUAUUGGAGGGAUUGGAGGUGGUGUUAUUGGUGGAGUUGGAGGUUUUGUUGGUGGUCAUCACGACCAUGUUGAAGAAAACAAGCCUUAA